UUUAAUUCUACCUUCAUUUUUCUCUGUUUUUCGUCAUUUCUGCUUGUCGUAGAGACAUGGCAGGACACACAGCAUCGAUAAACGGCCACAAACCCCCGUUGUUGCCAUGCCCAAGAAAGGGAACAGAAAACGGCUGAAAUUUCGAGCCGAAGAUGUUUGCUCGGAGUCAGUGACUGUGGCUGACUAUGCCAACGCCGAUCCAGCCGUUGUGAAGUCUGGGAGAGUGAAAAAGGCUGUUGCCAAUGCUAUAGAAAAAGAAGUGAAAUUGCUUUGCGGACUCGAGGCCUCUCAGGGCCCAGUUCAGGAAGUGCUCUCAUCAUUGAGUGGAGGGGGACGCGAGAGCAGCGACGACUUUGAUUCCGAGGAAGGGGACGGCGAAGCCAAAGGUACCCGCAAAAAGAAGAACAAGAGACGUAAAGAAAACAGUGAAGUUACUGAUGGAAGGGAGUAUCCCAUUGACAUUUGGCUGGUUUUAGCUGCUUACAUUCGACCAGAAGAUGUCUGCAAAUUUGCUCUGAUCUGCAAGAAUGCCUGGGCAGUUACUUGCACUGCAGCAUUCUGGACACGGCUCUAUAAAAGACACUACAGUCUUGAUGUAGAACUUCCUGCACGACUCCAGCCUGAAGCAAUUGAGAAGAUGCAGUGUCUUCGUGCCCGAGUGAUUCGCUCUCUGUUCCUCUUGUAUGAACCAUUUAGCUUGCGGGUGUCUAAAUGUCCCGCCCUGCCUGAGUCCACACCCACUACAUUACUUAAUUCCAAGUGUUUGCUGUUUUGGGUCAACAAGAUCACUGGAAGUAGGCCUGAUCCUUUGUGGGAAUUCAACUUCAAGUUUGUUAAGCAACCAGACAAGGGCAAGAACGGAUGUGACCGAGGUCUUCAGUUGCCCAAACAGUACAAAGAUGUCCACACUAACCCCGACUCAGACUGCUAUCUGUUACGGGUCACCACUCUCAACUUCAUCUUCACCUCUGUUGUAAUGGGCAUGACACUGACCCUGUUCACAAUCAAUGUGAGUACAGAUAUGAGACACCACCGUGUACGUCUGGAGUUCCAGGAUUCCCCAGUGAUACGAGGGAAGAAGCUAAGACGCGAUCAGGGUAUUCAGGUGGUGUUGGAUCCUGUCCACAGUGUGCUUCUCAUGGACUGGUGGCACCCACAGUAUCCCACAUCUUUACGCACUUAGCCAUAUGUAUUCCCCUGCUUAAACCUAAAAUCUUUUGGGCCUGUUUCCACCAAUAAACUGACCCGAAUAAUAACCACAAUCACAUGACACUGUAUCCUCUGUAUAAGUUUAUGUACAACACAGUUCUGCAGAAUGAGGAUCAUUGUUUUACACAUCAAGUAUGCCAGUGCCACAGCGCACGUGAACUGAGGAAUUUUCCACUGGACGGGAGUUCGUGAAAUGUGUAAAACCGCACACGUUAAUAUUUUUCUCACAUGGACAUUUGCAUUAGAUAAAAUGCAGAUUGCAGUACCAUUCCAAUCCCUGGGUGCCUUUAAAUGAUUAAAUGCUCUUGUUUUAAUAUGGUAAAGCAACACAUGCCAGGCAGCACCUCAGAAUUCUUAUUCUGAUGAAUUAGAAUUAACUUUGGCAAAGUGGAUGCAGGCAUGAUAUGUGUAUUUUCAGUAUAGCUAUGUUGCUGGAAACAGGCCUUAAAAGAUAUUGCGCCAAGUUAGAUAGAGCUUAGCAGGAAUGCAGAGUUUCUCUUGCUUUUCAUGUCUGGGUGACAUGAAAUGUGAUUUUAUUUGUACAGUUCAUCAUAAAGUUAUCUGCUUACACAUGCUUAAUCUUGCAAAAUUCCAGUGUCUGUCUUUCCUGUGGUAUCUAGAGAAAUUGUACAAUGCGCUAACUGUCGUUUAUACAAGCUGCAUUUUACAGGUUUUCAUACACGGAGCUUUAGCGUCACAUGUCAAUGUUAUGUCAAACAAACUGUCAAUCAGUUAUGAAAUAAUGAUAGGAUGCAUUAUAAAUGAAAGAUUUUUUUUUAAUUUUGACACAUAAUUGAUGGAUCGAGCCCAAAGUACUGAACUAAAGAGAGAUCACACACGUGGCAGCAAAUUGUGUCCAGUAACAACUGGAAAUGUUUCAUUAACACAAGCAUUUCAAAUUGAUGAUCUUUUGAAUACUUAGAGGGAGAGGAGGGUUCGCUCUGCAUUUUCACUAUUGAUGUCCAAGGCAGGCGACAUUUGCCCAGUCCCUCUUGUAUUCUGUGUCUGAUCCAUAUGUGAUUAAACAAAGCUUUAUUAGAGGCUAGACUUAUUAUGGUAGGUUUCAGUGCUUCAGGUUCAUGUUGGUGUGAUAUGAGCAACUCUGAUUUUCUGUGCUAGCUGCAAGGAUGUAUUAAUUCCAUUUAAUGGACUCAGUUUAGUAGGGACGUGUUAAGUGUAACUGUUAAUGUCAUGCAUGUUUGAUCAGUUAAAUGAUCUAGGAUGAAUAUUUAAAUGGUGUUCAAGCUUGCGGGUUUUAAUGGUUUGUAUAAAGAGUUUGAGAGAG